AUGGCGGACCACAACCGCCUGCGCGACCUGGUGAGCGAGGUGACGGCGGAGUUCACGCAGAAGAAGCAGCUGCUGGAGGAGACGGAGCGCAGGCUGGCCGCUGCGCAGGAGCAGUUGGAGGCGGAGAAGCAUACGAUGGAGAAAGUUAAGGUGUCAGACAACGACAUCGUGUACCUGAACGUGGGGGGCAGGACGUUCGCCACCAAGCGGACGUCGCUGAUGCAGGUGAAAGGCAGUGUGCUGGAGCUGCUGUUCAGUGGCCGAUGGGAGGACAGGCUGGACAGGGACGCCAGCGGCAACGUCUUCUUUGACUAUGAUCCUGACCUCUUCAACAUUCUGCUGAGGUUCCUGGUGUGCAAGGCCAGAUAUGGAGAGGCCGCGGAGAACCUGUCAAUGCGUCCUGUGCCCUGGGAGCAAGAGGACGAGUUCCGCCUGAUGUUGACCGACCUCGGGCUGGAGAACCUCAUCUCACCACAGCCCCCUUUCAGGUUCAGCCCCAUUCUGAAGACUAAGAGGGUGAACAUCUCAAUGGACGGUGCAGUUGCAACAUGUGAUGGUCACGAUCACGUGCGCCACCAUGUGUUCAGUGACAAUGUCUACAGCUCAUCUGUCUUCAGGUUCAGGAUCCGAGUUGAAUCGUGCGAGGACUGGGUGAUGCUGGGCAUCAUCGCUGAGAGCACACCUGUGGCCAUGCAUGAGGACACCUGCACCAAAGAGACUUCCUACGGAUGGGGCUGCAAUGGGGAGGUGUUUGUGGAUGGGGAAGAAGCCAGCAGGAAGGGCUACCCUGGAAGGAAGAUCAGUGAUGAGAUGGAGCUGGACAUGGUGUUGGACUGCAGGUACAAUUUUGUGGCACUGCUGGCACCUGUGGAUGGCCGAAUGCUGGAGUACAAGAUACCCAAUCUGCCCCCAGAUCUGAAAUGGAGGGUCCAGGUGGCGACAUACUAUGGAGAGAGUUCUGUCAGGAUCUCCAGCGCGUGA